AAGGUAUUCGUGAAAGGGCACUACAGCAAUCCCGAUUGUCGAGUAGAUUAUGGCAAGAUAGCAAAAGACGGUAAUCCAGUAGGAGGGAUUAAACUGAGUCAUGGAAUGUGCGACAUGGAUCGCCAACGAAUGAUUAAGCCGGAGGGAAUGCAGUUCUCCACUAUUCUUGUCAUCAGUUUCCAUCCAUUGUUCAUUACGAGUGUGGAUCGUGCUUUCCAUAUCAAAUGCAUGUACAAAGAAAUCGCACGAACCGUUUCAUCUGGUCUAGAAGUGAGUAUACUUCCAACGCAGGCAAUCGAAUAUGACUUUCCAAUGCCUGUUUGUACGUACACGAUUCGUAAGGAUGAAAUCGAUGGACCAGUGCUUAAAUAUGCCCAUGUUGGUGAUCAAAUAGUUCAUCGAUGGGAAUGCCAAUCAGAUGUUUAUGGUUUGUUGGUGCAUAGUUGUUUCGUUGAAGACGGACAAGGCGAAAAAGAACUCAUUAUUGACGAUAAAGGGUCAGUCUCCAUUCAUUUUCUCUCGUUGAACAGCUAUGAAGGCAUGAAGGCAUCACGAAAAGGCUUUUUCUGA